AUGGAAAACGCGACCAACCUCUCGUUCGAUCCUUCGAGACUCACAAAGGCCGCCGCCGAGGACUACUCCUCCUCGGCCUCCGAAGAUGAAGACGAGUAUGUAGUGCCCGGAUUUCACGCCGAAGACGACGACUUUGGCGACUUCAACCCUCGAAAGCGACGGCGAGUCGGCCGUGACAACAAGGAGCAGGCUGCCCUCGGCAUUUUCGGUUCCGACAGUGACGAUGGAGGUCCUGGCCGCCGAUGGAAGCGGAAGAACCUUCGAAGCAAGGGCAUGAAUUUCGUCUCCACAAACGUCGAACCGAAGGAGGCAAACGGCAGCGAACAAGCCGACUCCGACGACUCCGACGACGAGCGACCUGUUCUUGGCCAAGCCGUCCAAGACGACUCCGCGGGUGAGGAUGAAGAGGAAGAUGGCGGCGUCAGUCUGGGAUUCCGAGUCGCGUCACGAGGGACAGGCUUGACCGCGGCAAGCCAAGCGACGGAUGCCGGCACCGAGACGAAGAAGCAACGUCGUCCCGUGCUCAAAACCAAGUUCGACGGCAGCAACGUGCUCGGACGCGGUUUCGUGCCGUCCUCGGCGUGGGAGCCGGUGCUUAACGAGCCGGAAAGCCGCGGCACGCCGCCGGCGCAGAACAAACCGCAACCCAGCGCGUUCGGGGCCAAGGGAAAGAUCAACGCAAAUUCGUUCGGCGCCCGAAUGAUGGCCAAGAUGGGCUACGUCGAAGGCACGGGACUCGGCAAGGAGGGCCAAGGAAGAAACAUCAUCAUCGAAGCAAACUUGCGACCCCAGGGUGUCGGCCUCGGCGCCGUGAGGGAAAAGUCGGAACGAGAACGUCUGGAGGAAAAGAGACAGGCUCGACUGCGGGGGGAGGACGUCGUCGACUCGGACGAGGAUAAGAAGAAGCGGACGAGGGCGCGGAGGAAGGUUCUGGGCACGGCCGGCAACAGCGCCGCCAGCACGCCGCGGAGGCAGAAGACAAAGUAUCUGACGGCCGAGGAGCUCAAGGCGUCCGCCCCGGGCCUCAACAUUCCGGAGGCGUUCACGCCCAUCCUCGACAUGACGGGCCCCGAAGGCAAGAUGCUGACGUCGACGAGCGGCGUCAUGACGCCGACCUCGGCCGCCCCCGAAUCCGCCGCCGCCGUCGAGGCCAGAAAAUUGGUGAAGCGGGCGCAAGCAGACCUGCAGGCCUUUUCGGAGGAAUGGCAGUCCCUGGAAGAGCGACGAGCCUGGCUCGAGCUCGAGUUGAAGGAAAAGGAAAGAGAGCUGGAGGAGGCAGAGGCGGACCGCCGGCGGCUCGAGAGCUUCUCGUCCCUCGUCUCGGACCGGCUGACGCCGGAUUCUGACUGGACCCAGGUCGUCGACUGCCUCGCAAAGGCGGCCGAUCUCGGCCCGACGAGCGCGGAGGUGGCCGACGUCGCCGUCGCCGCCGUUUCCCCGUUCAUGAGAGACUCGGAUUGGGAUCCGUUGCAGAAUCCGGCCCGGUUCGCCACCGAUUUGAAGCAGCUGUCGGGUCUGCUCGCCAAUUUCGGCCUCAACAACGACGGCCGCUCCCUCGGCAAGUGGGACUCGGGCGCGGCCCAGGUCGAAGGAGUCUACCGACGACACCACAAGGCGACGACACCGUACGAAAGCAUGAUGUACAAGAACUGGCUGCCGCACGUCUUGGCCGGCAUCCGAGAGUGGGAUCCGCUCAUGCCGGCGCCGAUGCUCGCCGUCGUCGAGAACUGGAAGGACCUCCUCCCUCCCUUCAUCCGGGCCCAGGUCAUGGACAACAUCGCGCGCAAGCUCGAGGCGGCCGUGUCGGAUUGGAACCCGCGGAAGAAGCGACAGGCCCACCACCUGCCGCACUCUUGGCUCUUCCCCUGGCUGCAGUACCUACCUCCCUACCACCUGGAGGCGAAGGGCACGGGCCUCGUGGCCGACGUGAAGAGAAAGUUUCGACAGCUCGCCGACUGUUGGGAGUUUGACCGCGGCCCCGUGCCGGGCAUGCAGCAGUGGGAAGACGUCCUCGGCAGCGAGUGGCGGCCGCUCAUCAUGUCGCACGUGCUGCCGGCGAUGGGCAAAUAUCUGCGUCGCAACUUUCGCGUCGACCCCGCCGACCAGGAGCCAAGCCUGCCGAUCCUGACGGGCGUCAUGAAGUGGCAGCCGAUCCUCGGGAGGAACGUCAUGGCAGAGGUUAUCGUCCAAGACGUCUUUCCCAUGUGGCACGGCAAGCUGCGCGAGUGGCUGGCGCUGGACGAGGCGGAUUUGGCCGAGGUGGCCGAAUGGUACAGCUGGUGGAGGGGGUCGUUGCUGGAAGAUUUGGCCAAGACGAAGAGCAUCGGCGGCGAGCUGGACAAGGGCAUGCAGCUAAUGAACCUGGUCUAA